CAAGCUUGCGAGCAGAAUUUCCAGGCCCACUUAUAACAAUUUCAAGUGGUUCAGUAGUAAAAAGCAAAAUGGCAAAUGGUUAUAUGAUGCAAGCAAAUGAAAUCAUGAACAGUGCAUUAGAGACGCAUAACAAGAAAGAUGAAGAAACUUCUUAUACAAUCAAUAUAAAAGAUGAUGAUGCAAUAUCGGACUCUAAUCAAGUGUAUGGUGAUAACAAAUUUACAGAAAAUAAUCUUAAAAGAAAACUAGAUGAUGAUGGCGAAUUACCAGGUUAUGAUGGAUUAGUAUUUUUAUUUAAUGAUUCAAACGAAGAUAUGAUUUUGAAAAAAAUCGACAAAAAUAAGCACAAAUAG